GAACGUGAGCGCGUGUAUAUGAAGUGGCUACAGGUGUUGAUGGUUAGUUAUCGGGUGACUGGGAUCCUGACCAUGUGACCGGCUCGUCUCGACAGCUGUCCCGCUCUGUCCGUCCAAUUGACUUUCGCUUUCGCGUGAGAAACGCAACCUUUCAAAUGGCGUCCCAAGAAGAAACGAAGAUAUCAACGAAAAGAAGCAGCAUGAGUCCUCCUCCAAACUUGUCUGAAUUAAGGAUUUGGUUGUUGGGAGAAGACUGUGCUGAUAAGAGUUCAGUGGGAAACUUGCUCUUGGGAAGAAAUGAAUUUGGAAGAGAAGCUUCAGCUGAAUCAGGCAGAGGACAGAUUAAGGAUCAAAGCAUAUCUGUGGUCAUCACACCAAAUCUGUUUAAAAGAGACGUUCCUUCAGAUGCAAUUACUCAUGAACUAAAAAACUGUGAGGCCAAGUCUGCUCCAGGUCCACACGUACUUCUGCUAAUUCUGCAACCAGAAAUGUCCAAAGAGAAGGUGAACUAUAUGAGUAACACCAUGAACUCCUGGUCAAAGCACACAAUGAAUCAUACUCUGGUAGUGGUGAUGGAGGGAGAGAAGAAAAUCAGUACUUCUAAAGAGGAAAAACUUCAACAUUUAUUUAAAGAAAAAUGCCACAAAUUAAACGCAUUAUUGACAGAUCAACACAGUUUAGUCACUGAACUAUUUGACAAAAUCAUGAACUCGGUGAAGAAGAAUGAAUGGAAUUAUCUCAUCUUUGAAAUAUAUGAAUCACCACCAGAGAUGCCACAAAAGAAAAAAGCCAUGGAGAAAUUUGCAGGAUUUUCAUCAGACUUUAAACACAAAAUUGCAUCAAUUGUGCAAACAUCGUCUCAGAGCACAAGAAACAAAGAAAGGCCUGUUCUCAAUUUGGUGAUGUUUGGAAGUAACAGAGCUCAGAAGACUUUAGCUGUGAACACAAUACUGGGCCUCAGAGAGUCUGCAGAAUUGUCUGAAUCUGAAAGCCAUCAUAAAUGUGUCAGGAGAGACGGUGUGAUAUGUGGACACAAGGUCACCCUGGUUGAGAUGCCGAAGCUAAACAAAACAUCUAUUUCUCAGAAGGAAAUGCUGCAAGAGUCUUACAAUGCUCUGUCUUUAUGUUCAUUUAACAUAAACGCAUUUCUCCUGGUCCUCACUGUUGAUUCUCUCACUGACGAUGAUAAAGGAGAAUUUAAAUUAAUGAGUGAAAUUUUCAACACAGCUGAUGAGAAGUUCUGGAAUUGUCUGAUGAUAAUUUUCCUAUAUGAAGGGAACAGAGAGGACAUGAUUGCCAAUGAAUUCAUACAAGAAAACAAAGACAUUCAGACAUUACUGAAGAAAUGUGGGAACAAACAUUACAUACUCAGUGUUAAACAAAGACCUGAUAGUGCACAGCUUUUAGAAAUGCUUCAUAUGAUUUAUACAGUUACUUGUUACUCAUUGGAAACAUAUCAGCAGGCUCAAAUGGAUGAUAGACUUCAACUAAAGGCCAAAAAUAAACAAUUAGAGGAAGAAAUCAGAACGUUGAAAAUGAUUAAUGAAAAGAAAGGUAACUCAGAUGACAGAAAGUGA